CAGCAAUAUAUCUGAUAUCCAGCAAACAUCCUCAUAUAUAUUUUUGUGUCUGGGUCCUGUUACCUCACCUCUGAGAUUGACUCUCAUCAGUGUCCUCGAACAAUGCCAUGUUCAAAAGGUUUCUUCAACUAAUCAUGGGGUCCAUCGCAAAAUCACCUCACCCUGUACCUGCACUCACCCCCCGCGUCCCCAUCCCCAAAAAUGGCGUAGACUAUCGCGGUAAAAUAGUACUGGCCCCCAUGGUCCGCUCAGGGGAGUUGCCCUCCCGCCUCCUUGCUCUGAAAUACGGCGCGGAUCUCGUCUGGGGCCCUGAAACCAUCGACAGAGCCCUGAUCGGCUGCACCCGUCGCAUAAACCCGCGCAACUCCAUGGUCGAGUUCACCCGCCUCCCCUCCAACGGUGGGCGCCAAAAUACCCCAAAUGCCAAAGAAUCCGUAAUCUACCGCAUCGACCCACACCGCGAAAGCGGCAAACUGAUCUUCCAAAUCGGCACCGCCUCUCCAAACCUAGCCGUCCAGGCCGCCAAAAUCAUCGCCGCAGACGUUGCCGGCAUAGACGUGAAUGCCGGCUGUCCCAAACCCUUCAGCACCAGCGGCGGCAUGGGAGCUGCCCUCCUCCAGACCCCAGACCUGCUCGUUUCCAUCCUCACCGCCCUCGUCCAACAGAUCGGGAACCCGUACCAGAUCGGCAUCUCCGUCAAAAUCCGCCUCCUCGCCGACCCAGAACGCACCCGCGACCUCGUCACCCGCCUCUGCGCCACGGGCAUUACGGGCCUGACCGUCCACUGCCGCACGACGCCCAUGCGCCCGCGCGAGCGCGCCAUCCGCGCCCAACUGCCCAUGAUCGCCUCCAUCUGCCGCGCCGCGGGCGUCGCCAUCCUCAUGAACGGCGACGUCGAGUCGCGCGACCACGGCCUCGCGCUGAUGUCCGAAUACGGCGUCGACGGCGCCAUGAUCGCGACCUCCGCGGAGGCGAACUCGUCCUGCUUCCGCAGCGGGGCGCAAGGCGGGCUCCUCCCCUGGCGCGACAUCGUGUAUGCCUACAUGGAUUUCUGCCUGCAGUGCGAGAAUAAGUGGGGGAAUACCAAGUAUUUGCUCAACAUGCUUAUUCCCGGGAAGGAGCGGGCGUUCAAUGCGGCGAAGCAGUCCAAGUCGUAUCAGGAGGGUUGUCGGGUGUUGGGGUUUGAGGAUCUGAUUGCGCGGGCGAAGGAGGUUGAUGCGAUUAUUGGGCGGACACCGCUUGAUGCUUAUGCUGAUGCUGAGGAGCAAGGUGAAUCGUGCAAAAGGCGAUGUUGACGAACGAGAGUGCAAAGGCCGCGGGUAUCAGUGCUGGUGACGGGAAUGCUCAUGCUCAUGCUCAUGCUCGUCAAUCGGGCGGCAGAAUGGGUAAGGAUAGAGGCGUUAAGAGAGCGACGGGGGGUACACCCGUGGUGGAUGGCGAUGAUGAGAAUAAUGUGCCUCUUGGACUAGAUUCUGCUGCUGCUGUCUUGGUCGAUAUGCCUGCUGUAACAGCUGCUGUUGCUGCUGCUGCGCAUCCACCUGCUGGGGAAAAUGCGCCUGUUCCCCUACAUUGAUAUUCAUGAAUGUCUCCCAAUUCCUUUGCGCUCCGCGUACCCAUUAUGCCUGUCGAAAAUACCCGAUCUAUCCAUACUCGCCAUCCAACCACACUCGGUCCAUCUUUGCUAUUCAGCGUCUUAGAUCAAUAUGUUGCAUAAUGUUGCAUAAUACCGGCGUUGUAUCUGUGGGAUUUUACUUUGUGUUUUUCAUUUUCAUUUAUUUUGGCUGCUUCUAGAUUUCAAUUUUUUUUCACCCUCUUGAUUUAACACUUCAAGAGUACAUAUAUACCCUACUGCGCAGGGGAAAAAAUGAAUGUAUUCAGUUCACACAUUAUUUUUUGUCAUUCAUAUUUGUUACGUAUAUACACCCCCCCUAGGUUUCCACCCUAUUAAAUUUUUUUUUCUCCUUUCAUAUAUGUGCCCUCCAAAUGGAGAAGCAACGCGUUCAAUCCACGGAUGCGACAUGGCUGCACGCUCGACUCAAAACACCUCUGUACUGGAAG